AUUCAUCAGUAUAGAGUAAUAGUAUAGGAAUGUGUGGUUGAAUUUGUUUUUUAGUUGUUUUAUUGACAUCAAUUUUACUUUGUAAUGUUUAGCUUAAAGUUCAUCUAAAUUAUAAAUUUAUAAAUAACCUUCCAAGUCUUGCAGAUCUGGGUGAAUCGCAAUGAUUAGUCGACAUCGUGAAUGCACCCAUAUAGAUCUAAAUACUAGACAAAAAACGCGCCCCUGUUCUCUGAACAGAUUAAUAUCACAACCUUUUAAUUUUUUAAUAAAAUUUUGAUAAGAUUUAUUAUUUUUCAAAUGUGUAAAUAUUUUCGGCUAAUUCUGAAAAAUCUCCCAACUCGCCAUUAUUAUGCUCAAUCUCCUCUUAAUACUCCUCAACAUACUUGUGAUCCUAGAAGUUAAUAAAUGUUUUUGUAACGAUGAUUCGAAAGUAGAACCCAGGGAAGAAUUUGGUACCGUGGAAGAGCGUAAACGAAAGGCUAAAAAAGACUUUGAAAAUCUCAAAUCUCAAUGUCAUGAUUCAGAAGACAAUCUAAUUCCCUGUUUAAUGAAAGCAUAUCUUACGGCGUACAAGUUAAUACCUGCGAAAUUUUGUGAACCUGAUGACCAAAAUUGCUUGAAUAUGGUAAAAUUAUUUGAUGACCGAUGUUCCCAAAAAGCUGAGGAAUGUCUAAUUUUAGAUUCAGUUGAUCUGGUAGAGUUGAGUGACGGUCACGUUUAUGUUCCUGAUCUCGUCCAAGUUGAAAUUUCAAACUUUGUUUUCAGGAAGUCUGGCGCAUAUAAAUCCUGUGAAUGGCCUAGUUAUACUUGUGUUGGAGAGUGUAAUUGUCACUGUGAUUCUAAGUCAGUGGAACUGGUUUAUAAGAGGGAUUUUAAAGCCUUUGUUAAGUUACUAACUGAAAAAAAUGCUGAACGUCUUGGUUUAAAUGACGAUUCAGACCUUGAAACACUUAAUAUUUUUCUAUACAGGCUCCUCUUAUAUUAUACUUAG